CCUCGGCCGCCAGCCCCGCCCGGCCCGCGCGGGCCCCGGCCCUCGGAGCGCACCCUCCCUGCCGCCUCCCUCCCUCCAGCCGGCUCCUCCUCCUCCUCCACCUCCCGCUCCUGCUUGCUCGCACUCUAGCGCCGGCUCCGGCUCCUCCCGGCCGCCCGGGGCCGAGGCGACGUGAGGUUGUACAAAUCCAUGUGGGGCGGCCCCGGGCGAGCAUCCGAAAGAUCUCUGAUUGGAGUAAUUUUCUGGUACAGACUAUGAGCGGAAUGCAGUGAAAAAUCUGGCCAACAGUGAAAAUUUUGGCUUUAUCCUCAACUUAGUAUAGCAUUUCUUCUCUUCAGUCGCACCUCAUAAUAGAAGAAAAAUGUAUGGAAGUGCAAGAACAAUCACCAAUCUGGAAGGGAGCCCUUCCAGAUCCCCUCGUUUGCCAAGGUCUCCUCGUUUGGGCCACCGAAGAACAAGUAGUGGGGGAGGUGGAGGAGCGGGCAAGACUCUGUCCAUGGAGAAUAUCCAGUCCCUUAAUGCAGCCUAUGCUACGUCUGGACCCAUGUAUCUGAGUGAUCAUGAGGGGGUGGCUUCGACAACUUACCCAAAGGGCACCAUGACUCUGGGAAGGGCCACAAAUAGAGCUGUAUAUGGAGGUCGCGUCACAGCCAUGGGGAGUAGUCCCAAUAUUGCUUCUGCUGGACUUUCCCACACAGAUGUCCUUUCUUACACAGAUCAACAUAUAGGUCUGACCAGCUCAUCCCAUCAUCACCACCACCAGGUCCCCUCCAUGUUGAGGCAGGUAAGGGACAGCACAAUGUUAGACCUGCAAGCCCAGCUCAAGGAACUGCAGAGAGAGAAUGAACUCCUUCGGAAAGAGCUAGACAUCAAGGACAGCAAGUUGGGGUCUUCCAUGAACAGUAUCAAGACCUUCUGGAGUCCGGAGCUCAAGAAGGAGAGAGUCUUGAGGAAAGAAGAAGCAGCCCGGAUGUCUGUCCUCAAGGAGCAGAUGAGGGUUUCCCAUGAAGAAAAUCAGCACCUGCAGUUGACAAUCCAGGCCCUUCAGGAUGAGCUGCGAACCCAGAGAGACCUCAACCACCUCCUGCAGCAAGAGAGCGGCAACCGCGGCGCCGAGCACUUCACCAUCGAGCUGACGGAGGAGAACUUCCGGCGGCUGCAAGCGGAGCAUGACCGGCAGGCUAAGGAGCUGUUCCUAUUGAGGAAGACCUUGGAGGAAAUGGAGCUGAGGAUCGAAACGCAGAAACAGACCCUCAAUGCCCGAGACGAGUCCAUUAAAAAGCUGCUGGAGAUGUUACAAAGUAAAGGUUUGCCGUCCAAAAGUCUGGAGGAAGAGAAUGAAAGGACGCGGCGGGUGGCCGAGGCCGAGUCUCAGGUCAGCCACUUGGAGGUGAUUUUAGACCAGAAAGAGAAGGAAAACAUACAUCUGAGAGAGGAAUUGCACCGGAGAAGCCAACUUCAGCCGGAGCCAGCCAAGACGAAGGCUCUCCAGACUGUCAUUGAGAUGAAGGACACAAAAAUUGCUUCAUUGGAGCGAAACAUAAGGGACCUUGAGGAUGAGAUCCAGAUGUUAAAAGCCAAUGGCGUGCUGAACACCGAGGACCGUGAGGAAGAGAUCAAACAAAUAGAGGUUUACAAAAGUCACUCCAAGUUCAUGAAAACCAAGAUUGAUCAGCUAAAGCAGGAACUUUCAAAGAAGGAAUCAGAACUUCUUGCCUUACAAACAAAGCUUGAAACCCUUAGCAAUCAAAAUUCAGAUUGCAAGCAACACAUUGAAGUGCUUAAAGAGUCGCUUACUGCCAAAGAACAGCGGGCUGCCAUUCUUCAAACCGAGGUAGAUGCGCUGAGAUUACGCCUGGAAGAGAAAGAAUCUUUUCUCAAUAAAAAAACAAAACAGCUGCAAGAUCUCACGGAAGAGAAGGGGACGCUGGCCGGGGAGAUCCGUGACAUGAAGGAUAUGUUAGAAGUGAAGGAAAGGAAAAUCAAUGUUCUUCAGAAAAAGAUUGAAAACUUGCAAGAACAACUUAGGGAUAAAGACAAGCAACUGACCAAUCUGAAGGACAGAGUGAAGUCCUUGCAGACAGAUUCCAGUAACACCGACACUGCCCUGGCGACACUCGAGGAGGCCUUGUCAGAGAAGGAAAGAAUUAUUGAGCGCUUGAAAGAACAGCGGGAAAGAGAUGAUCGGGAAAGACUAGAAGAGAUAGAAUCUUUCCGAAAAGAGAACAAAGACCUUAAAGACAAGGUCAAUGCUUUGCAAGCUGAACUGACUGAGAAAGAGUCUAGUUUAAUUGACCUCAAGGAGCACGCAUCUUCACUAGCCUCAGCAGGGCUGAAAAGGGACUCGAAAUUAAAAUCUCUAGAAAUAGCCAUCGAACAAAAGAAAGAAGAAUGUAGCAAACUGGAAGCACAGUUAAAAAAGGCUCAUAAUAUUGAAGAUGACUCCAGGAUGAACCCCGAGUUUGCAGACCGAAUAAAGCAGCUUGAUAAAGAGGCAUCUUACUAUCGCGAUGAGUGUGGCAAGGCCCAAGCUGAAGUCGACAGGUUGCUGGAGAUCCUCAAGGAGGUGGAGAAUGAAAAGAAUGACAAGGACAAGAAGAUCGCGGAACUUGAGAGGCAUAUGAAGGAUCAGAAUAAGAAGGUGGCCAACCUCAAGCACAACCAGCAGCUGGAAAAGAAGAAGAACGCCCAGCUCCUGGAGGAAGUGCGCAGGCGGGAAGAUAGCAUGGCGGACCCCUCCCAGCACCUGCAGAUAGAGGAGCUGAUGAACGCCCUGGAGAAGACCAGACAGGAGCUAGACGCCACCAAGGCACGGCUGGCCUCCACACAGCAGUCCCUGGCUGAAAAGGAAGCGCACUUGGCCAACCUCCGAAUAGAGAGGAGGAAACAGCUGGAGGAGAUCCUGGAGAUGAAACAGGAAGCUCUGCUUGCGGCAAUCAGUGAGAAAGAUGCAAACAUCGCCCUGCUGGAACUGUCUGCCUCCAAAAAGAAGAAGACGCAGGAAGAAGUGAUGGCCCUCAAGCGGGAGAAAGACCGACUGGUGCACCAGCUAAAGCAGCAGGUUUAUAGACCUAGGAAACAGCCCCUGAGCUCGAAUAUACCAUGCACUUGUGAUGCUUGCUACAGCCCAGAUAUUACGGCCAAGUACCACGGGUCCAGCUACGAUGCACACAUGAUCCAAAGGUCUCAGACCCAGAACAGGAUGAAGCUGAUGGCGGACAACUACGAUGAGGAUCACCACUACCACCACCACCACCACCACCACCACCACCACCGGUCUCCUGGGAGGUCGCAGCAUUCUAAUCACAGGCCCUCUCCCGACCAGCUAUCAGAAGGGCUGACGAAAGGGAAAUCGCAGCUCCGCAGCAAUAUUCUGAUAAUCCAUUGCCGUGCGGCUCAUGCCCCCGUCCAUCACCACGUGGAAUGCUCAUCAGGACUGAAAAGGAGUCUCCCUUCCAUUACUGAGCACGGUUCCGUUCUACCUGAUCUUCCCUUCACCAUCCCAUGGCGUUUCAUGUGUUGGAAAGGAAAAAUGUGGCAGAGGAAGAAAAGGGUAGAUCCUCCAUUUCUUUUUAUUUUAUUUUAUUUUAUUUUUUUGGUCAGGAUUUGGGCAUUAAAAAUGUGACCAUCUCUUCUGAAUAUCAAUAUUUGAUAACAUUUUAUUUGUUACAUCAACAUCAUUGGAUAAAUUUCAGCUCUGUGGGAUUUUAACUGUGGAUGCAGCUUCUAUUGGACAACAAGCUUCAUCUCCAGCUUUUCUGCCUGUUCAGUCGGAGAGGUCGUUCCGGAUGCAUUAGAUUAUCAAAAAGGAUGAGUUCUGUGAGUGAGUGGUGUUGACAGUGUUUGUAUAUCAAGAUGCAUGGAGUGUUUGACAAAGAAACCAAAACACCAAAAAAUGGCAAAUGGCGAGCCUUUACCCUCCUCUAUUUCUUUAAUCCGCUGUUCAAAGAACCACAUUUUGAUGGUGUAACCAGUAGUUACCUCUGGGCCAGGUUGGAAAUGAAAUCAAUUUUUUAAACCACUAAUACUUGCCAAGAAAUCGCCUUAUGAGAAUGUGGUGUGUGUCUCUGACAAUGCAUGGCACAUCUGAAUUGGUCAUUCAUGAUCUUAUCUGCCCUGUCUCUGUACUGGAGAGUGGCAAAAGCCUGAGGCACCUGCACAUUCCUAUGCCGUGUUCCCCACAUCCCGUGGCCGGGGUGUGGCCGAGCCUCAGGCUCUUACUAUUCCCGUACAGGAGGGUCUCCAUGAAGAAGCUGGGACUCAUUCACAUUUCAAGAUCCAAAUGCUGUGCAAACAGUAUAAGCUUAGAUCUUCUGUAAAUGAAGGAUCAUUUCUCAACUUUUCAAAAAAAAAAAGUCUCCAACAUGGAUUCCAAAGCAUUUUCAGCAUCAAACAUGAGAACAUUGAUGAAUGAGAAAUAAUCACAAAAGCUGUGUAUCUGUAUAUAGCUCUACACAACAUGUUUUUGGGUACAGUCAUUAUUUAAAGCACAUGCCAGGGAAAGAGACCAAAUUUUGAGGUCUUUUACAUACAGUGACAUGGUACUAAGGAGAAUUAAGCUCCUACUGUUUCCUCUGAAGAUAAAAAAAUAAUUAAAGUGUUAUAACUUCAUGAAACUCAUGACCAAGUCUGGCAAACAUGUGCAGCUCUUGUAUUGAUCCUUUUUUUUUUUUUUUUGUCAAUGGAAGAAACCCUUCCACGUGUAUGCAAGUGGAAGAUUAAAAUCUGCAUUUUUAAAGGACAAACAGUGAAUUUAAGCAUGAGUGGCCUUAAUAAAUAUAGUUGUCUUUCUUUGCUGCUGUGAAAAGGAUUCUAAACAGAUGUUCCUGAAUCUUGCAUUGAAUUUAGUCGUUAUUAUUACCUUUUCAAAUGUUGGUGCAACUAACUGGACCUCUCCCGUGAGCCAUAGAGAUAUUUAAAAGACAGGCACCCUGUUUGUCGGGAAAGAUGAAACUGGGUUGCACUGCUCAUUCUCGGUGCAUUAGGAGUCAUAGGUUCAAGCAGGUUUUUUGCUGCUGGCUUCGUCCUUGUAAGUAUAGUGAGCUCUGUAAAGCUUCCGUGUUGCAUAAACCAUCCAAAUACAUUCAUGUUUAAAAAGUCUGUCCUUUAUCAAAGGGAUGUAGGUCUUGAUUGGAAAAGCAAGCAGAGUUCUUCGCAAGUGUAUUUAGCACGUCACGUGCUCACACAAUGUUGCACCGAGAGCCCAGGCCACAAACGCGCCCCCAUGAACAGUGCGGAUGUCCUCACCCAGGAGGUCCUCACUGUCUCCUACAGCCAAGUCCCGACCUGAACUCUGCGACUGAAAACUUGAAGAAGGAAGCAGGAAACCCACGACGGAAAAUGGGGUCCUUGAAACAGAAAAAGCAACCAAAUGCGUAGCGAUAAGUAUGUGCCAAUUUUGUCACCGCUAUUGUUUGGGGGAUCAUUUUUUGCCCCACUUUUGUUAAUUAAAAAUAUUAGUGAUCCUACAUUGAUGGGGGCAUAUCAUUUAGUCCCUGAACAUUUUAAUUUUUUCUAACAUAGCAUCCUUCCCCAUUUCUUGUAAUAUUCCUGAUGUUUGGGGGUUAACAAAAAAAUCUCCCUUUUCACAUAUUAAAAAUAGUCUCUGGGUUUACAACAAACACUGUGAUGUUGGGAAGCUCUUUCCUUUGCACGAACUCUAGCAGGUCCCCCUCUAAUCCUAAUGACGUUGGGAAAAAGAGAAGUUGAGGCUACUAUUUGGGAGAAGUUGGUCUUCUUGCUUUGCGCAAAAGCAGACUUGUCCUUGAUGCCCGAUUUGGUUUCCAUGUACAGUCUCAAUUUUGUAUUUAAUGAUUUUUGUGUAUCCAGUAUGCACGUGAACAGCGUGUCAACUUUCAUUUGGAAGUGGGGUUCAAUUUACUUUUUAAACAGUGUUCAUGACGAGACCUCCAAAGUGUUGACAUAAGUUCUAUCUGAGAAGUUUUUGUGUCGAGUGGCGUUUGAAUGCUGCCAGGGGUCAGUGUAUCUGCUUCCCAGAGACCCUCGUUCGAUAGUGCUUCUUGUAAUAUUUCCUCAAGUGAGUGGCAUGUGGGUUGUGAUAUUGACCAUGUGAUUAUGGACUUCGAUAUGAAAUAAAUAAAUCAGUAAAACUAAGGAACCCUCCGAAACUCCCAGUGGGCAUGUAUUAGCCAGUCAUUGUAACCUCGUGUCUAGUAGAAGUACAACGUACAAGGUCUGUACAGUUCAUAAAUUUGUUACCAUGUGUAUGAGAAGUACUUUGUGCUGAUCGCCUUAUUUAUAUUCAUCAAAUAAACUUUGUUUCUUUCUGAA